UCACGAAGAGGACGACGGAGGCUGUCACCAACCAUGUCUUAAACAACAUUUCUCGUGUCAGAUAUCAUGCACGUGUAUACCAAUGGAGAAGCGUUGCGACGGAGUAGCGGACUGCGCGGAGUCUGAAGACGAGGCGGGGUGCGCGCGCUCCUGCGACGAGCACGAGAACCGGACGCUCUGCCACAGUACCAACGUGUGCAUCCUGCUCGACUGGGUCUGUGACGGCGACAACGACUGCGGGGACUUCUCCGACGAGACACACUGUGGUGGAGCAUCAAACUGCACAUCAGAUCAGUUUCAAUGUGCCAACGGACUGUGCAUUCACAAGGAGUGGGUUUGCGAUGGUGACAACGACUGCCGGGACAACUCCGACGAAACCAACUGCACCAAGGGCAAUGGAUGCCGCGAUGAUCAGUUCAUGUGUGCGGUCGGGGAGUGCAUCUCGCAACACUGGCGCUGCGACAAGGAACCUGACUGCCGGGACAACUCCGACGAAGCCGAAUGCCCCGUGGAUCUCCUGCGUUGCGGUGAAAAUGAGUAUCAAUGCGACAACAAGAAGUGCGUGCGCAAAGAGUUCCAGUGCGACGGCGACAAUGACUGCGGCGACUGGACUGAUGAAGAUUCCUGUCCUAUGUUACCAGGCAGCUGUAACGCCGGGGAGUUCAAAUGCAGCGACGGGAAAUGCAUUCCGGAGCGUUGGCGGUGCGACACAGACCGAGACUGCGCGGACGGAGGCGAUGAGUUGAACUGCGAACCGCAUGCCAUGAGGAACUGUACCAAGGAUGAGUACACCUGCACUGACCGGCGAUGCAUACUGAAAACCUGGCUCUGCGAUGGCGUCCGAGAUUGCUCAAAUGGGGAAGAUGAGAUGAACUGCCAAGUGUUAUGUGAAGAAGACCAGUACAUGUGCAAGACUCAAGAGCACUUGCUCACCAACGCGUUUAGGAACUGCGUCAACAGGAAGCAUGUGUGUGACGGUAUGAAGGACUGUCCGAAAGGAGAUGAUGAGGAAAGGUGUCCCUUGAAGAGGGUCUGUAAUGCUGAGGAUAAGUGCGAGAAGGAUUGUAUUACCACGUAUGACGGAUUGCCAGCUUGUUCGUGCCCCUUGGGAUUCCUAUUAGCAGAUGAUGGUUACAGUUGCCGCGACAUCGACGAGUGCAUGUACGAACAGGACCCAGUGUGCUCGCAGACAUGUUCCAACACUGUGGGCAGUUUUCAAUGUGGCUGUAUGACGGGCUACGUGCUCAGACCUGACGGCCGCUCCUGCAAGCCCACUGGGGAGUCACCUACCUUGCUGUUCUCUAAUCGCAUUGGGAUUCGCCAGGUGUGGCUGACUGGAGACAAUUAUAUGCCAGUGGUGAAAGGGCUGCACAACGCUGUUGCCCUCGACUACCACUACGAGAAGAAGCUCGUCUUUUGGACCGAGAACAACUUGAGAGUAAUACGCGUGUCUCAAAUGAACACCAACAAUAUGUCAGAUGUGAUACGUUGGGGCUUGGAAACUCCUGGCGGUGUGGCUGUAGACUGGAUUCAUGAUCUGCUGUUUUGGACUGACUCGGGCACCAGGCGCGUGGAAGUGGCUACUCUGGAUGGCUCUCAGAGGGCAGUCUUAGCUGCAAAUGAUCUAGACAAGCCUAGAGCCAUAGCUGUACACCCUGGAGACGCUUUGGUCUUCUGGACUGAUUGGGGACCCAACCCAAAAAUUGAACGGUCUGACAUGGAUGGCAAUAAGCGGAAGAGCGUGAUUGUAGACCAGAUAUUUUGGCCCAACGGUCUAACAAUUGACUACAUGGAGUCCAAGAUAUACUGGGCUGAUGCCAAGCAUCAUGUUAUUGAAAGGGCUACCUUCGAUGGGCGAGAUCGUAAACGGGUGACGAACAAGGGUCUACCACACCCAUUCGCGCUGACGUUGUUUGAAGACGCCAUCUAUUGGACCGAUUGGCACACCAAGAGCAUAUCAACCGUCAAUAAGAAGACAGGGAUGGGUAUACAGACGGUUCAUGCCGGACUGAACGUUCCUAUGGACAUUCACAGCUACCAUCCCCUGAGACAAAUAAAGACGUACAAGAAUCGCUGCGGGAGGAACAAUGGCGGUUGUUCCCAUCUCUGCCUGCCGAACAGCAACGACUAUUCCUGCCGAUGCCCUGUUGGAUUCAACCUUAAUUCUGACGGGCGAACAUGCGAAGAAACACCAGCAAAAUUAUUACUCUACGCUCGCCGUAAGGAUAUCAGAUUGAAGCAAUUAAACCCAAGAAAGCAAAUUGAUUCUUUGGAUAUGGUGAUUCCCGUGGACAACAUCAAAUCUGCGGUGGCCCUGGACUGGGACCACAAUUCUAACUCUAUCUUCUGGACAGAUGUGGAGAAGGAUACUAUCAAUCGCGCGUUCAUCAAUGGGUCCCACCAAGUCGUCAUUGUUGGUUCUAACUUGAUAUCCCCCGCUGGUUUGGCGUACGAUUGGAUCACAGACAAAAUAUACUGGACGGACGCUGGUACCAACAGGAUCGAAGUGGCCAAAGCUGAUGGUAGCAUGCGCACCUUGCUAGCUUGGGAUAACAUUGAUAAGCCGAGGGACAUCGUUGUUGAUCCUAAAGGAGGAGUGAUGUACUGGUCUGACUGGGGAUCAGCACCGUGCAUCGAACGAGCGGACAUGGACGGAGGCAACCGCAAGCGCAUCAUCUCCGGUGAUAUGACCUGGCCCAACGGUCUCGCUCUGGACUUCACCAACAAUCGCAUCUACUGGACCGAUGGUGGCAACCGUACUAUUGAAUAUGCUAACCUAGAUGGCACAGGCAGGAGGACUCUCAUAGGUCAACACCUGCCUCACCCAUUUGGAUUGGACCUGUACCGCGACGAGGUAUUCUGGACAGAUUGGGACACACAGUCCAUUCAGGCCGCUAAUAAGAUGACUGGUCAGAAUCGACGCACCCUGGGCGCUGGCGUAGCAGGCCUUAUGGACGUCAGAGUGUUCCACAAGGAGAGGAUUGGAGGACAUAAUCGAUGCGGAAUAAACAACGGUGGAUGCUCACAUCUCUGCUUGCUGAAGCCCGGUGGUCAAUCUUGCGCUUGCCCUAUUGGAAUCAAGCUGAGUAAGGACGGUAAAACAUGUGCCAAUGGACCCGUUAACUUCCUUAUAUUUGCUCAUCGUGUUGAUAUUCGAAUAGUUUCUCUAGACGUACCAUAUCUCAUUGAUGUGGUGCUGCCUUUACCACCAUUGAAGAAUGCGCUCGGCGUUGAUGUUGACCAUAGAACUGGACUCAUUUACUGGACCGAUACAGGCGAAAGGAAAAUUCAACGCUCAAACAAAGCUGGCGAGAACAUUGAGACGAUAAUUGGCAAGGGUCUCCACACUGCAGACGGGAUUGUGAUAGACUCGGCUGGACGAAAGAUUUAUUGGACUGACGGAGGCCGCAACAGUAUUGAAGUUGCAGAACUGGAUGGUAGUAACCGGAAAGUCCUCAUUUGGACCGGCUUAGAUUCGCCUCGAGCCAUUGCGUUGCAUUACGAGCACGGAUACAUGUUUUGGUCAGACUGGGGAACUUCAGCCAAGAUCGAACGCGCGGACAUGGACGGCAAGAACAGACGAGUGAUCGUCGAUAACAACAUCAAGUGGCCAAACGGCCUGGCCAUAGACAGGAUAGAAGGCCGUCUUUAUUGGAACGACGCUAAAGUCCUCACUAUAGAGAGUGCAGAUUUCAAUGGCAACGACAGACGUACUGUACUUAGCAAGGUUCCGUAUCCAUACGGUAUCGUUAUCGUUGGACAGCAUAUCUAUUGGACGGAUUGGAAGACCAAAGCGCUACACAGAGCGGAUAAGUCUAAUGGAAAAGAUCAGCUGAUUAUACGAGAAAAUUUGGAAGGACUGAUGGACAUUAGAGCUGUUCAGGGUGACAGAGUACUAGAAGACGCGUGUGGAACAAAUAACGGUGGUUGCUCUCAUCUUUGCCUUCGCUCUACAGAAGGUUUCUCCUGCGCUUGCCCAACAGGCAUUCAAUUCGAAAAUCAAACGGAGCCCAAUCCAAAAACUUGCAAGAAACACCCUGAUAACUUCCUCGUAUUCGCAACUAGAGGCAGUGUAGCGAUGAUAUCACUGGAUACUCCAGAACAAUGGGAUGUUACCUUACCAAUAAAGGAUGUUCAAAACUCCAUCGCUGUUGACUUCCAUUGGGAAAAGAAGCUGAUAUAUUUUACUGAUGUUAAUUAUGACGUCAUAAGGUCCAUUAACAUGCUCAAUAUGAGUGAAACGAAAAUCAUUGUGAAUGCUAAACUCGAUACUCCUAACGGUUUCGGCGUGGAUUGGAUAGCCAAUAACAUAUAUUGGACUGACAACGAAUUUAAGGUUGUUGAAGUGGCGAGGUGGGAUGGUACAUCCAGGAAGACUUUGAUCAGCGGUCUUAAUGAACCUAGAGCCCUAGCUCUGUUUCCCGCUAAAGGCUACCUCUAUUGGAGCGAUUGGGGAGAAAGUCCCAACAUCGAAAGGGCUUUCUUAGAUGGAAGUAAUAGGAAGAUCAUCGUGAAACAGGAUCUUGGCUUCCCGAACGGUAUCACAAUAGACUACAAGGAACGAAGAUUAUACUGGACGGACGCCUUGAAGGACAGGAUUGAUACAUCCGAUUUGGAUGGACAGCAUAGAGUUCAGCUUGUUCCAGAAGCUAAGAAUCCAUUUGGCAUGACUCAGUUCAACGAUUACAUCUAUUGGACUGAUUGGUACAAAAAGUCCGUUAUGAGAGCUGAUAAGAAAACUGGCAAAAAUGUGACGGCGAUACGAACCGAUCUGGAAAUGGCUAUGGAAAUCAAAGCAGUGUCGGCUCAUAAGCAGAAUGGCUGGAACCCUUGCAAGGAGGACAACGGCGGUUGCUCACACCUCUGCCUGUUCAGGGGAACCGAUUAUAUUUGUGCUUGCCCUGACGUUGCUGAUUCACGACCUUGUGUUUUAGAACCAAAAGCCCGCGUGGACCUGAAAGUACCGGCUCACUACCCCGACUACUUAGACAGCGAUGAUGGAGACAAGGCGUUGCCGACGCCCACUGCCUUCCCCGAGUCCGACUUCAGCGGCAUUAUGAUCGCAGUGGGCAUCAUCGCUACCCUCAUCACUAUCUGCGUCAUCGUUCUUGUAGUUGGCAUGCGCAUCAGUCGCGAGCGCGCGGGCGAGGUGAAGGAGAACUACCGCGAGGCUGGCGGGCACAUCUCUUUCCACAACCCCAACUACGCAGGCGCGGCCGCCGGGGACCAGCUCGAGCGCCGGCCCAACCGCUUCCAGGGCAUCUUUAAGUACGACAAGAAUCAGGAGCGCGUGACCAACGUAUACAUCCCGGAAGGCACGUCUUUGCUGCCGCCGCCGCCGCCGCGUGCGCCGCCUCGCCCGCACACCCACGACGACUUCGAGCCCGUCACGCUGCACCCCUUCGCCUGAACGACCACUCGUCCACUCACGCGACGGGGAGUAGCUAGUAGCGACCGCAUUUAUGUAGCCGGAUAGUAGGACGCCGGGUUCGAACGCAAACUUGAGUAGCGUCGGCGAUUCGGGGUUAAGUGUUCAGCUCAGAGCGGAGGCCAAAGAGUUUAAAAAAGAAGAAAUUCCACCUCCGCUCUUAGACUAAACGCAUACCCCAGUAAAUAACGCGUGAAAAGCCUAAUAUUAACGAACAUGUUUACGUAAUACGGAUCUCGAUAACGAUGUGCUAUAAUGUAUAUUAUGAAUUACAAGUGGCACUAGAUAUUCCUGUUCGCGCGACAGCGACGUACCUACUGUAGAUGUACGUGCGAGAUGUUAUGUAUGUUGUCGAUUAUUUGCUCAUUCUGAUCUCACAACUACCUGAUACUCGUCAAUUGCACCGAAAUGGAACGCAUUAAUAGGUACAAUAAGAUCGGAUCGUAAGCGAACAUAUAUCUGUGUUAAUGUGGUUUGUGUAAAGCCUUCACCUGCACUUAGUUUGUAAGUACAACGUAAAUGUCUAACAGCGAUUAAUUCAGAUCACAAUUUCCUUAAAAUUAAUCACUGAAGUUAUUCCGUCAAAUGAAUGGAUACGUGUUUUAUUACGAAUAAAACAUUAUUCAUAUUAUAGUACUACACUACACUAAACACCACAUUAAAACACACACGUGCACACUACAACUACACACAGAACACACACACUACUACUACGCACACGAACACACUACACUACUCGUACUAUUUCAUAGUACUAUACUAAAUAUGGUUAUUGUUAUAGUUCAUAGAUAUAGGCAGAUUUGUUUAGAUAAUAACUAGCAGCAAAUUCUGGCCAUGUGUAAAUAGGUGUAUCUACCCAUGUUAAUUAAAUAUGUGGAAUCUGUCAUUAUAGAAAAAUAUGACGCUGGUAAUUAUGGAGUAAUAUACUUAACGUUUAGUAAUGUUGCAACUGCGGUACCAUGCCACAAGUCUUACUAGAUACUCGUAUAUGUAUGGAUCAUAGAUUUAUAUGGACGCAUAUUAUAAAGGUGUAAAUUAUGCAAUACAGUUUAUUUUCGGGCGUGGUACCGGAGUUAUAUGUGGUCGAGAUAAUAAAAUUAUCAGAUACCUAGUAUAUUUUGUAUGGGAGUGAAUUGAGAGUUUACUUGAGUUAUUUUUAUACAAGUUGCCUUGUGCGCGGCCCCGCGGCUCACGGGGGCGCGCGCAGGCUCGCGUUGCGACCUUAUACACCCGUGUGCACUGUACAGUGUAUAUUUUACACUAUACUGUACACAUGUAAUCUUUUUUUUAUUAGAAAAAGAUUGACCUAGAUGGAAUCCUGUCCUCGACAUCGUAACGAAAGGCAGACGUUUGUACGUGAACAUUGCUGGAACUAAAAUUUACCGUGUAACGUCACAACAGUAGUUUCAAUUAUUUAUGUUGUUUCUCUGAGAAUGAAAUUACGCACUUUUAAUAUAUUCACCAGGUCAAAAAUGGUGACAAUAAAAUAAUAUCAAUGUAAAUAGUUAGUUUUAAUUACGAAAUUUUGUCAGACAUUUUGAUGACGCGGCAUUAUGUAAAUAAUUUAUUUCUACUCAGGUGCGGUAUGGACCUGAUUGGCUCAUUCUGACUCCGGUCGUUGGAUUGCGGCUCAUAUCAAAACUAUUGCUUUUAUGCAUUCCUCCGUAAAAUGUGAAAAUGCUCGACAAGCAUGGCGUUUUGUAAUGGAAAAUGUUGAAAAGGCAAUUAAAUCACGACUUAGGGAAAUUGUUUGAGAGUUUACUUUUCUGUAAUUGGAUUACCGACGUCUGUCACACAUAAGACGUACACAAAGUUUCACAGGGUGUUUUAAUCUAAGGUAGAAUUAGGAAGGGAGUCACCGGACGCAGAUCCGACGAGAAAACACAUUACUUGCCUGUGUAAAGACAUAUUUUUUUAAACGUCGCUAAAUACAACAUUGUAAACGUUUUUCAAAAUCAUUAUUCAAAUUUCUUCAUUGGAGUAGUGAGGUUUAUACUAGUGAAUGGAACGUUAUGUUGCGUACUUGAUAUAUAAGUUUAACGCCGUCUGUAUGUAUCUAUCAUAUUAAAUAAUGCAUAGGAUAAUGAAAAUGUCUAUCAUAUAUAUUUUUAGCCAAAUGUUUUGUAAUGGUUCUAAACUGAAAAAAUAUUUUUGUUGAGAUGACUCAGAAGUUUAGUGUUUGAUCCGCCCUGCAUACUGUUACUAAUAAAACCUGUUUAUUUACAAAGCAAUUUCAAAAUAAUUACGUCGUUUCAAACCUCUAUUUGUUAAUUUUAUAAUAAUCACGUUGAAAUAAUAAACGAAUUUAUUUUAGACAAAUGUACAAGCACUAUCUUCUUGCACGACUUAUGUAUUUGACUUAAAUAUUACUCUUGAAUGUACGAGGUUUGGAAGACCUAAUGUUAUAGAAGAUUUUACAGAUAAAAUAUAUUUGUAUUUUUCUCUUUAUGUUAUGUAGGCUUGUAAGGGAAAAGAAGUAUAUAAUGAGAGUGCUGUGAUAACAGAUGCUUCGGGAUGUUGAGUGGAUGUAACGAUGGUCAGUUUGGUUUUGAAAUGGAAUAUUGUAAUAACUCGGUCGAUGACAAUUGCUCGGAUGUCUUUAACGUUCAGUUUCGUAAUAAGGUAACUAUUCCAUGAAAAUGCACAAUUCGUAACUACGUUAACGCACAAAGCGCGUACUCACGUUUUACUCGAAAAUACCAUGAUAGUAUUAAUAAAUGUGCAUUAGUGCCAAAUAUGAAACUUCAGUAAUGGAUUUUUAUUACUUUGGAUAAAUUUUAACUUUAGCAUUAAUGUUUAGGUAACGAAUUGACAGCUUUUACACCUUUGAAUUGAUUGCCUCCCCUGAACGAGGUGUUAAAACUGU